AAUUAACAUAAAAAGGCAGUCAGGCGAAUCACUACUGUUAAAAACAAUAAUCCUGAAAGGUUAAGAUAAUGAACAACCUUUACGACCUCGGAUGUUUUUUUCCCUUGAAGAAUGUUGGUCUUCCAGAUGUCUUCACCUCUCUUAAAAGCAUCUCUCUUUACAAUUAAGUCCUUGUAAACAUCUGUAAUUACAAAAUAUAUGUAAUUACAUAAUAUGAUAACAAUACAACAUCAGAAUGGGCAGAACCAAUAAACACACCAAGAAAGUGAUAGCCAAUGUGUAGUAAUUCCUCAUUGUCAACAUUUAUUCACCCUCAGGCCAUUUAAAAUCUUCUUACUUUGUAUGAACACAUGUAUUUUGAAUUUUUUCUUUUUUUUUUACCAAACAUUGAAAUUAAAAUGUUUCAAUUUGUUAGGGUGUAAACUACACUUUUUAAAAACACAACCCUAGGUUGCGGGUCAGCUUAUGAGGAUACUGUUGUAUGUUUUGUUCAUAAUGUGUUUUUUCUACUUUGGAAAUAUAAUAUAAUACACUAUUUUAUCUUCUAUGUUAUUUUAGGAUAUAUCUUCACUUGACAAUACUCAGAAUAGAUCCACAUUUUACAGAUAAAACUGAGGAAAAUACCCCUUUUACAAUUUCUAAUAGAAAUAUCUGCUAAAUGCAUAAUAGUAAAAUGUAAAUAAUAUUUCUGUUAUUGAAUGUAAUGUUAUCUAAAAUACAGGCCUCAACAAAGAGGCUAAACUACUACUUACUCGACGUCAUCUACCGACGGUUUUAUUAAAAGAAAAAUCUUUGCAAUAUGCACAUUUCUUGGAUAGGCUAUAUAUUAAAUAUAAAAACUCUCAUUUCAUUAUUUAAUGCCGUUUUAAUGCAGUGCAAGUUAUUUAAUUGGUUUUGUAAAAGCUUAUAGUUGGUGAUUACAACUUGAUUUAUUUAUCAAAUAUAAGACAAUGACAUGAAAACUGACAGACUAAUAUUAAUGAAUUAGCCUAACAUUUUAUGGAUUUAAAUAUCCUACGUUAACAUUUUCGGCCGACAUUGUGCUCAACGAAAAGUUGCUUGUCCAAGGGACAAUCAAUCCUGUCGUGUAAUCACCAUUAAUAACCGUUUUUUCUCUGCAAACACAGUGUGCAAUGUGUUUAUAAUUGUUUUAUUUCACUGUCUAGAAUAGAUUACGUAUUCAUCGUGAUUUUCCACGACAACUGAGACGUAUGUUUAUGGAUAGACGUUAGCUCGCGUCAGUGUCAAGUCAACGGUUAACAUCAGUAAUCCACAUAAAUUAUCUAAUGUAAAAGAGCAUCGUCAUCAACUUCUGAAAAUAUUUUCUAAACCCAAAGUUAGAAUAAAUCCACUUAUACUAAUCACUUAAACUAAUAAACUUACCACCAAGAAGUAAGAUCUUUGCUGGCAGUAUCUUGCUCUUUCCAUGUCGGCUGCGACUUGGCAGGCGCACCUCUACAUAGCCCUCUUCACUGCUAAUUUGUUCGCGGGAGCUGACCUGGUAAUCUGCUCGUCUGUGUUCUCUUAAUAUUAUAUCUGUGCUGUCCACCUUCACUAGGUCAGAGUCAGGGAAAUAGUACAAAGCGAAAUUUGGAAAAGACAUGAUUUCUGUUGAAAUAUCCGUAGGCUAUAUUUGGAAUACCACAGUAUCCGUUUCCCGCUCAAAUUGCAUAUUCAAAUUGCAGUGUGUGAUUGGAGACUUACCUGCAAGCUUGUUUUGAAAAACUUGGCUCUGAUUGGCCUAAAUGAAUGCAACUGGAAAGAUAUAUAUAUAUAUAUAUUUCCAGUUGCAUUUAUAUAUUUUAUUUUUUAUUUUUAUUGAAGUGCACAUAACCGUCACCGUCCGGAAAUUUGACAAAUUUAGGCACUGAAGUGACAGAAAUGAAGAAAUACAAAUCUUACCUCAAUUCACAAGAUAAAAAUAUUCCAAGAACUACAGAACAUCGCCGAUUUAAGAAGCUGGGUACAGAAAAUAAAGAGAAUUCAGCCCUAGAUGGUUACAAAAACUAUGUGUCUAUAAAUGUUUCUGAAUUACCAAGAACAACUGAAUACAGGAGAAGGAAAACACUGCUUCAAGUUAAUUGCAAAAACAAUGAGUCAACCAAGGAAAAUUACAGUGUCCAUUAUUCUACAUGCCCAGAACCAGCAAAGAGACACAAAAUGGAUGACCAAGUGCAGGAAAUAGUUGAGUUGAGUGUUAAUGAUGUGACCAAUAUUGAUGGAAGAGGCCAGCCUAAACAGUCCAACUUGUGCCAGUCUCCUGAGAGUCAUCAUCAAGAACCAAACAUUAAUUAUCAGAUAAUUCAGGACAGGCCUGUUUGUGAGGGACUUCAUGACCACAAUGCUGAUUUGCAACCAGAACCAGAAAUACCUAACCUGGAACAAGAACCAAACUCAAAUCCAUCACAGAGGAGGAAGAACUGCUUUACCCAGGAGCACCUAUCUCCAGAGGACAGAGUCUGCUUCUUUUGAUGUCCUUCAUUUUGAGGCAUAACCUCACAGGGACAGCUCUUGAAGACCUCCUCAAAUUGUUUAAUGAACAUUUCCCAGGAUCAGUACCAGCUACUUCUUACCUAUUUCAUAAAGCUUAUGGGCAGUAUGGACAAUAUGAAUCACAUUUUUACUGUUCUGGAUGCACCAACUAUAUAAGUAAGGUUAAUGGUCAGACACAAUGUUCUGUAUGUCACAUGUUGUUUGAUGCAGACACAAAUUUAAAAAAUGGAUCGUAUUUUCUGGUUUUGAAAUUAUCUUGCCAAAUUAAGGACAUUCUGGAAAAUUCUAAGAAUACAUUAGAAAGAAAAAUGUCAACUAAUGGGAUUAUUAAUGACAUACAUUCAGGAAUGGAGUAUGAAAAACUAAUCAGGAGUGGUAAAAUUAGUGAAGAGGAUGUGAGUUUACUGUGGAACUGUGAUGGUAUCCCAGUUUUCAAGAGCUCCAAAAGUCAGCUAUGGCCAAUUCAGUGUCAGAUCAUUGAACUGGAUCCAAAAGAAAGAAAAAAUAAUAUCUGCAUACCAUGUAUUUGGUUUGGAGAGAAGAAACCCAACAUGACAACUCUGUUAACUCCAUUUGUUGAUGAGCUUCAAGAACUGGAACAAAAUGGAAUUAAAUGGACAGACAAACAGGGCCAGCAACAUUCCUCUAAGGUGCAUGCACUAAUCUGUAGUUCAGAUUCAGUGGCCCGUCCACAAAUUCGAAACACAAAACAGUUCAAUGGGACAUAUGGCUGUGACUUUUGCUACCAUAAAGGUGGUGGUUCAUACUCUUAUAUAAGUCCUGAACCUCCUCUCAGAUGUGAAUCUGAGCAUUUUCAACAUGCUAUGGCUGCAACUCCUCAGCAGCCUGUAAUGGGAGUGAAAGGACCAUCUCCUUUAAUGAAGCUAGCAAACUUUCAGAUUGUCAAUGGGUUUGUGCCUGAAUACCAGCACAGUGUUUGUCUAGGAGUAACACGACAACUAAUGACAUUAUGGCUGGAUUCCACUAACCAUGAUAAACCUUGGUACAUUGGCACAAAAACCGAAGUAAUUGAUAAGCAGUUACUAGCAAUCCAGCCUCCAGUAGAGUUAACUAGAGUCCCACGUUCUGUAAAAGAACGCAAAUAUUGGAAGGCCUCAGAAUGGAGAUCUUUUCUUCUGUUCUAUGCUUUACCAGUGCUUUGUGGUGUUCUUUCCAAAAAUACUGGAACCAUCUUUUCCUUCUUGUUUUUGGCAUAUAUACUUUGCUUCAGGAAAAGAUAGAAAUGGUUGAAAUUGACAAUGCAGAGAAAGCACUGAAAAAAUUUGUUAUGGAAUUUCAGAAAUUUUACGGCAAGGAAAAUAUGUCAUUUAACUUGCACUUGAUGACACACAUUUCUGCAAGUGUGAGAAACUGGGGACCUCUUUGGGCUACAUCCACCUUUUCUUUUGAAUCUUUCAAUGGCACACUCUUGAAGUUCUUUAAUGGAACCACACAUGUCCAACAACAGAUUGUCAAGAGAUUCCUCAAGUGGAGAGACCUCACAAUCAAAGCAGACAAGUACAUGUGGAAUGCCAAAGACACAGUCAAAAAACUGUUCAAUGACAUGCAAAACA